AUGUAAAAUUAAAAUGGAGAAUAAGAAUUGUGUAAAUUAACACAUCAUAAUAGGACUUUUAUUUGCACAAAUACUGAAUGUAUUUAAGCUAAAAAAUUUUAAUUAUAAUGUCACAAAUGUUUAACUUUAUAACAUACAAAUUAAAAAGGAAUUUAGAAAUUCAAAAAUAGUAAAACUGUUCGUCAUUUGGAUGAUUUUAUAGAAAUUAAAGAAAUAUUAAAUUAUUUAGAAUAAAAAUAUCAAGCUAGAUUUAAUUUUUUAUAAGAAGCAUAAUAAAGAUGUUUUGAUUUUCAAAAGGAAUAAAUAUAAAAAAUCGAAAAAUUUCCAUUUCACGAUUAAAACUUUAUAAUUUUAGCAAAAGCCGAUGUUGAUAAUAAUAUUCAAAUGUUUAUAAAUGAGCUAGGCUUUUAUUAAAGAAUGUUGAACGAAGCAAAAUCAUACAAUAAUUAAACACAAAAAUCUAUUUUGGACUUAUAUAUAAGAAAUGAUGAUAAAUUUAAUAAUGAUAUCAUAAACAAAUAAAAAUAAGUUUUUGAAAAAAUAAGAACUAAUUUAGCAAAAAAAGGACUUGAUUUUUAAAAAAUGUUUGCAAAGUAUAAAAUAUAUUAUUCUAUUAGUUAAGAAGAAAAAAUUCUGAAAGCUGAUGAAAGAUUAAAGAAAUUAGAAAACCCAUAUGCUUAAAACAAAUUAUUUAAAUAUAGUGUGAUUAUUGCUCUACUAAUUUUAAUUAGUAAUCAAUUUUCUAUUUUAACAUCAAAUAAUUAAAAAUAAAUUUAGAAAAAAGAAACAAUUCUAAUAGAGUCAGACAUUAAUUAAAUGAAAGAAUAAUUCUCAGAUAUUCAAUAAGAGAAUAUUAUUAAAAUAGAAGAAAUAAAAAAUACCAUUGAAAAUAAAUUAAUUAGUGAAAUUGAAUAUUUGAAAUUGUACAAUUAAUAAUUGAAAGUUGAAAUGAUAGAAAUACAGAAAUAAUUUAAAGAAAUGACAAUCUUUUAGAAUUAAACUUUAACUAUGCUUUCUUAGGAAGUAUAUAAUCUGAAAGAAUAGGUAUCAAUUUCAUUAAACUUAAUUUCCAAUUUUAAUGGUAUACAAUAAAUGAAUCAACAUGAUUACUAAAAAGUACUUUAAUCUAGUUAGGAUGAUAAAAUAUUUAUAUAAAAAUUUGAUAAAGUUGAUGAAAACAUUCAAAAUUUGAAUUUAAGAUUGAAUAAUACUUUAUAAGAAAUGAAAGAGUAUGUAGAUUAUAGAAUUUUUAUGAAUAAGUAAUUUUUUAAUGCUCAACGAUAUCUAUUAGGGAAGAUAGAAUAAGAUUAUCCAAUUGUAUUAUUAUAAGGUUUUACAUAAUAAUUUGAUUAAUUUUUAAAUAAGUCCCUUACUCAUGAAUAAAUUUAUAAUUUGUCGAACUCAAUUAGUUUGACUGGAAUUGCUUGUUUUGGAGGAAUAUCUAUGAAGAAACCAACGCAUUUUGCAUUAAUGGCAUGUGAUUAUGUAUAUGAAAUUUUCACAGUUACACAUAGUAUAGAUAAAGCAAGAAAAAGUAGAUCAAGUGAAAACCUUUUUUGGUAUUUUGCACCUAGAAUAUCAAUUGGAUUUGCUCCAAAUGAAAAUGUUCAUCUUUAAUUAGCAGAUAAUUUUGAUCCUCAAGAUCCAAAAAGAUUUAGUAUGUGGUUGGAUCAUCCAUAAGGAGGUAGAAGAAUAGGAAACCAAACUACUUUAAUCAACACAACUGAAUAUAAAAUGGCAUUAUAUGUAAUCGAAUGAAG